ACACACGUACGGUACCUCCGGCUCGGGAGCCCCUGGGACCAAAGCCAACCAUGCCUUUGCCGGAGCCGAGAAGCGCGUGGAGAGGCAGCGGCGGCUGCCGCUGCGCCAGGUGCGGGCGCGGUUGUCAGAAGCGCGAGGUUCAAGCGCUCCGCUGCCUUUGCGCGCUCAGCUUCCUGGGGCUGCUGGUCCUGGCUCUGCCGGUCCUGUACUUGAUGCGAGCCAAGCUGGCGGAGGAAGCAGCGGCCGAGGAGGAGAUCCUGAUGGGAAAGAUGUCUGCCCCCCAAAAACAGUAUGGGAGUCCACCUUGCAACAACAGUGAUUCUAAAAUCCGGCCGAGCAUUCAUGCAAGAGUCGAUUCUGGGAGCAAAUGUAUAAACGAGACUCAGGAGGGUUCAACUCUCGUCUGGGACAUUGACUUCCAAGAGGGCCAGUUCCAGCUGGAUGAUAACAGUACUUCCUUCAUCAUUCCCCAAGAUGGGAAAUAUUUCGUUUAUUCCCAAGUGACGUUUUCCUGCUUUAAGUGCAAUUGCGAAGAGAAAAUUUGCUGCGGGAAGAAAAUGAAAGGGACAAGGAAGGUCUGGCAGACGAUUAUACAUAAAACGUCAGCCUAUCCCAAACCCAGCGAGUUGUUCGCGUCCAUCAGCCCCAUCAACGAGAGCAAAUCGUUGAAAAGCCUUUAUCUGGCAGGAAUCGUCCCGUUAAAGAAAGACGAGAGGCUUAUGGUUAAUGUUUCCAACCCCGGAUUGGUACAGCCAGAUGUUCGGUACACUUUUUUCGGUGCGUAUCUCAUUAGCUAAAAAUAAGGAUUCCAACAGCUGCCUUGCGUUAGUGUCCAGGGUGGGAUGGCGGUGGCAUUGCUGGG